AUGACUUCGAGCUUCUCUCCUUUGGACUCUCCAACCCCGACCCCCACCAGUCUCUACAGCCAAGGCUCAAUGGCUUCACCCGUCUGGCACGAAGCCACUCAAUACCACCAUGGCCUCCCAAUGGAGCGCCGAACUUCCUCUACGCCCCUGCGCAGCGCAUUCAGAAUGGCCGAUCUGACAUCAGGGGAAGGCAUGAUGACUAUGUCCUGUGGAAACAUCGAACGACAGGACCAGAUGCCUCUUCCCGACUAUCUUCCUGGAUACGAUGACAACGUGGACCAGCUCUGGAUCCCUCAGGACAUGCCGAAGACGUAUCAAGAGCCCCAGUUCCCAUAUCAGGCAUCCAUGCCUCAGUACAGCCAGAUGGCCCGCAACUACUACCACCGUCCCCAACAGGCUGGCUACCUGCCAGAAUCAGCUUCCAAUCCUUGCCUCUCCCGUCCCAUCUUCAACCAGCCUAACGAGCGGAUGCCCAACUCGGCAUCGAUGUCCAACAUGGUCCACUGGAUGCCUUCCCAAGAGUCAUUGGUUCCUCAAACCAUCACUCCCGCUCAGGUCCAGCCAUUCCCUACCGGACCCGUAACUCCCCCUUCCUCAUCUUAUUCCGAUUUCCCUACCAACAUUCCAACUUUCAAGACCCACACUCCUUCUACUCCCCACCGCUCAGUCUCUAUGGGCACCCCCUCAGGGUCCGACACUCCGGUCAGCCGGAUGUCGGGCCACAAUGAUUACCAGGAAGAGUUCCAGCUCUCUCCUGUCUACCGUGAUGGUUUGAUCCAACGUCACCGCCAGCCUUCCCGGAAGCCUUCGAAGAAGCAGCUCCUUCGCUCUCACCUCAGCCUCGAAAACCUGCCUCCAAUCAUCAAGCAAGUCCAGUUCAAGUGCAAGGAACCCGGUUGCAAGGGCCGUUUCAAGCGCCAGGAACAUCUCAAGCGCCACAUGAAGAGCCACUCCAAGGAGAAGCCCCAUGUUUGCUGGGUACCCGGAUGCCACCGUGCUUUCUCUCGCAGCGACAAUCUCAACGCACACUAUACCAAGACCCACAGCAAGCGGGGCGGGCGCAAUCGCUACGUUGCAACCCUCGAUGAGACGAGUCAAGAUUUCGAUCCCGACUUCCGUGGCCAGCUCACUCCUGAUGGUCGCCCAAUCUACGGCAGCAAGCUUGAGGAUCCCAUGGCCGAUUGUGGUGAGCUCAGCGUCGAUGGCUGGGAUGAUUGA